AUGAAUCAGGAAAAUCUUGACAAGCUGCCAGAUUCUGAUAAUGCUCUCAUUGAUGAAUGGAAAAACAGAAUCAAAAAGCAAAGAGAUCUUAAUAACGAUAAUGCAGAUAGAAAUAGUGUUCUCUCUUACUCCUCUAACUUCAGCAAAGGCUAUUACAGAGCAAGAAGAAAUAAUUAUCGAGCAGAUAAAGCCCUGGAUAGAAAGAAUAUGAGAAACCCCAGCUGGAAUAAAGUUUCUAAUGGAAAUUCUUCCUGUGUAAAAGGUAAUAAUGCGGAAGUGGUUGGCAGAUCAGUGGCAAGCGAAUAUAACUAUAAAAAUCCAAAAGUUUUGAAAAAGAAAGACCCAUCAACCUCCAAGAAUAAUAGAGUAAAGAUGAAUAAGACUGAGUUAGAGGAGAAAAACAAAGAAUUAAGACAUCCUGAGCAGCCAAUUAAUCAAGAAAAUUACGAGUACUUCCAAUAUAUAAAUGAGAACGAGAAGAUUGAACAUAAUGAAGGCCAGAACCAAGAUACCGAUGAGAAUAAAGAAAAUUUAGAAGGGGAUGAACUAGAACAGGUUGAUGCUGAAUCCUUAGAAUCUGUAGAAACUCCUAGACAUCCUUCAGAUAAGCAAAGCGAAUUUGAAAAAGAACUUUCCGAGCAAAAGAAAAAGAGAGACAUUGUCAAGCUAAAAGCCAGAGUAAUUCUUGAAAAGAUGAAAGAUGCUCCAAAAUAAACAAAUGGUUUUGAAUCCGCUUAAAAACCGUACAAGCAGAAGUACUACUAGACAAGCCGAACAUAAGCGUUCAAAAUUUUUACCAAAUGAUACUUCAAAUGUAGAAAAACAUGGAUAUCCAGAAACUCCUCAAAAGCUCCAUUCUAAAUGAUCUUUCAAUAAUUAUUCAGAUCAGAAGCAAGUACCAAUGAUGAACAAGAGUUUUAAGGCUGGAAAAACUAACUUAAGAUCCACUUCAAUGUACAGGACCCAGGCUCUUCCAAUGCUAAUCCCUGACCAAAACUUCAAACCUCGCAAAUGGAAAAUGGGACUCAGGGAUAAACUAGAUAACAAAGAAAAAUAUCUAAACAGUGAUCUUAAGAGACAAGAGAAAAUUGAUAGAACUAUUAUAAAGCAAAGAGUUAAGUCAAGAAUAGGAAUCAGACUUAAUCAAUAUAACAAGCAACUACUUGACCAAAUGAGAGCUGGAGUAGCAACUGGUCCUUUUGGUAAUUACAGCAGACCUUCUUGCAAAGAUUCAGUACAAGAAAAGUAUUCAGAUAGAUUUGGUAUCACAUCUGUUGAUACUCAAAAUUCUUUCCCCAAAUCAACCAUGCAGGAGUCUUUCACUUCAGAUGUUUUCAAGCAUCAUCGUGUUGAUAAAUUCAACUUUAAAAAGUUGUCAAGUUUUGGAGCAUACUGUAAUGCUCAGAAUGGAAAUGGAGUCUUCAUUAAUCCACCAGCUACUGGAUUGUAA